GACACCGUGAGGAGCGCAGCGCGCCUGCGCAGCGCUGCCUUGUUUCCGUCCGGGCGCUGGUGGCCGUUCGUCGUGGCAUGGCAACCGUGGCCGAGCUGAAAGCGGUUCUAAAGGACACACUGGAAAAAAGAGGUUCGCUAGGACAAAUAAAAGCAAGGCUCAGAGCUGAAGUCUUUAAUGCGCUGGAUGACCAGAGUGAACCACGACCACCAUUAUCUCAUGAAAAUCUCUUAAUCAACGAAUUAAUUCGGGAAUACUUAAACUACAACAAAUACAAAUAUACAGCAUCUGUCCUGACAGCAGAAUCCGGUCAACCUGAAGUGCCACUAGAUAGACAGUUUCUUGUCAAUGAGCUGAAUGUAGUUGAAGAUCAAAGUGGAAGAUCAGUACCUCUCUUAUAUGGAAUUAUAGCUCAGUUUUUACAUGGUGGUAAAGAAGAAAGCAUCCAUAACGCACUUCCAAAAAGAUCUUCACAGCAGCUUCCAAAACAGAAUCUCAGCAAACCACAUAAUGAAAGAAAAAGAAUAGAGGGAAUUCCAGAACCAGGGAGGAUGGCUGGCACUCGCAUUGAAGACCCAUUUAUUUUACGGGGUGCAAACAGAUGACGUUUUUGCCUAUUUAAUUCAGGAUUGGUACAACCUCUUCCUUAAAUAGCUGUUCCUUACUGAAGACGGCUUAUGGGCUUCCAUGGAACUUGCAUGAAUAAUGACUGUUUGUAAUAUUGCGUGACUAGGUUUGCAUGUAUUUGUUGCCGGAAUAAAUGGCAUUAGCAAAAGGUCCAUUUCUGCAGUGCUGAUACAGACUGUGCUCCCAUGGAGGUCCAGGAUAGUCAUGCCUCUGUCUAGACUACUGGCUAUGAAAUGUUAGUUGUCAGGAAUAAGAAUUAGCAGAAAUAACUAAACAUUUCCAGCACACACUGUAUUUAUUGCUUACAGUACUACUUCUGCAUUUGUGAAUAAAAGCUGACUUUAUUUUCUA